AUGUUGAAAUCGGGUAUCUAUCUAACCCUGUUAGUGUGGUGUUUCAGUGUAAGUGGGACUAUAAUUUAUCCUACUCGUGGCAACCAUAGAACAUGUAAGACUUUAAUUUGUUCUUAUGGUACAGUUUGUGUACAGAAAGUACGGUACUGUUUAACGUCACCAUGUAUACAACCUAAACCAACAUGUGAAGUUGCUGAAGUUGAAAGAUCGGAUUCGUGUGCUUUAUUGAAUUGUCCCCAAGGCACGAAAUGUAAGCAGGAAGUAAGACAAUGUGUGUCACCACCUUGUCAACAACCACCACCAACAUGCAUCAGGGUUUCAACACCAUCGCAUCCAACACUGUGUCCACCAGGUUUGAAUCCUGAUCUACGCAUGGGAAGAACUAAAAAUUGUGUUAGUGACGGGCAGUGUGGUUCUGGUUCAAAAUGUUUUUCAGCAAAUGUUCAUGGACCGUUUAUAUGUUGUUCAGAAAAACCUGCACAGGCAACACUUCCCUCUCAACCACAAUAUAAUUAUCCACAGCCACAUCAGCAUCAUAUGCCAGCUUCACAACUAGCUAUUCAACCUUUACAACAUCCCGGUCAACAUCAGAAUCCACCUAUUCCAAGAGUCAAGGCACAGCAACACGGCAUAAAUCACAAGCAGCCACCUCCAACCCAUUAUCAGCACGGCCCGCCAAAUCAACCAAUAGUACAACAACAUCGUCAGCCGAUGCAGCAACUGCCUAGUGGACAAGUGAGGCAUCAUACACUAUCACAGCCACAAGCAAAACCAUAUGCAUUUAUGAAUCAUCAUCCCAGCCAGAAUUUUCAUCGAAGUCGUAAUAUACAGCCUCCACAAUAUCAAACGAGGCAACAGGAAUAUAACAUCAAUCAGCCUUAUCUUCAAUCAGAACCUAUAAACCAACCCCAAUCUUAUACACAACGGGAAACAGUGUCUCGUCGAUAUCCUGAUCCGUGGAGCAGACAACAAAGAGAACCAGAAGUAGAAAUUGCAAAUCCUCGAACAGCAGAAAUCGAAGUAAGAAGGGCCCCAUCAGGUUAUGGCCCUCCAUCAUCUCAAAAUUGUCCUGUGGGGCAUAUCCCUGAUUUCCAAAGAGGACGAGAAAUACCAUGUAUACAAGAUGCACAGUGUCAGUCUGGCUCUCAUUGUAUGUCAGGAACUGGAAGACGAUAUGUUUGCUGUGCUAAAGAAACUUCCGGUCUGGUACACCAGCGUCCAGUUAAACCAAUGCCGACUUACAGUACAAAUCGUCAACAAAUUGUAAGUUAUGGAAACAGAAGACCCGCACCAAGGUUGAGUUUUCCAUUACCUGCCGAAACAUUACCCGUAGUGAAUGAUUCACCACACCGACAACACUCUACUAAUCAACAAUGGAAACCAGAUCGAAUAUCUUUUAACAGUCAGUAUUCACCCAAAAAACAGCCUAAUUUACCUUAUAGAAUGCCAGGUAGUAACAUGCAGCAACAACAACAACCUAAAAAGAAAUCUGUAUCUGGUCAAAUGCAGGUGACUUGUCCUUCUGGUUACACAGCUAAUCAAGUGAAUGGUCAAAAUAUGGUAUGUGCAAGUGGUAGUCAAUGUCCAGAGGGUUCAGAAUGUAAAUCAACAGGACUGUUUCAAGGUUCGAUUUGCUGCUCGAAAUCAACUGGAAUGGGACAGAAUAUGGGUUAUAGACCACGACGAUAAACUGUUUUAUACCAUCCAAACUUAAUACAUGUACAUGUUCAAUUUAAACGAUUUAACGGGCGUUUUUAAAGUCGAGUUUGUAAAUACGGUGGUUGUACCAAAUAAACAAUAUAAGCUAUGUGGACUCUCUGAAAAGAGCAAAUUGUUAAUUUUUGUAUGUUUUCUGUGAAUAAAAUUAAGGUAAUUAUCUUU